AUGGUGGGUGAAGACGCAGACCUGCCCUGUCACCUGUCCCCGAAGAUGAGCGCUGAGACCCUGCAGCUGAUGUGGGAGCGAACUGGCCGCAGGCAGGUAGUGCACACGUACGCACACGGGCAGGAGGACACGCCGGCAGAGGAGUAUCGAGGGAGAACUUCGAUUUCACGAGAGGACGUCACUGCGGGGAAGGCCGCUCUCCGGAUUCGCAGCAUCAGCGUCUCUGACAACGGAACCUACCUGUGUUAUUUCCAAGAUGGAGACUUCUAUGCAAAAGCCCAGGUGGAGCUGCAGGUGGCAGCGCUGGGCUCUGAUCCCCACAUUGGCAUGAAGGGCUACGAGGCUGGAGGGAUCCGUGUGAACUGCACGUCUGCCGGCUGGUACCCGCAGCCCCAGAUCCAGUGGAGAGACGCCAGGGGACAGAGCUUGUCCUCGGCGGCAGCAUCUGAGGCUGCAGACCCCCAGGGCCUUUAUGCAGCCUCAGCGUCUGUGAUCCUGGAAGGUGCCUUCUUCAGGGACACACAGCCUUGGAAGGUGGCCUUCAUCGUGACCCUGUUGCUGCUGCUCCUUGUGGGGCUCCUGUUCACUGUGUGGUACUUGCUGUGGCGAUGGCGGAAGAGGAUCCGGGCCCUGUUCCAGGAAGAGGGGAGAGCAGAAGCUCAGAAAGACGCAGCGCGGGCAGAGCUGUGGCAGGCAGAGCUGCGUCGGCAGCGAAGCACCCAAGUCAGGGAGACCCCCCACGUGGCAGAUCCAAAGGUCAGACAGCAGGACCCCAGCGAGGUCACAGACCUCGCCCCUGCUGCCCGUACAGCCGCUCUGGUCGCGCUGGUCAGGAGGGGCCGCCUCAGUGGACACCUCACCCCGGGGCUUCCCCCCCUCGGGCCCCGCAGGCCCCUCUGCCGGGCUCCCUGGCUCCGUGUGAAUGAGGGUCAGGCCUGUCAAGAGCCCAGCCGGGUCGUGUCCUACCGCGCUCUCCUGUCCCCCUGCCUGGUCCCUUCUGCGAGGGCAGCCUGGGCGCCCAGGGCCUCCCCGACCCUGGACCUGGUUGCCAGCUGGGACCCCCACAGCGCACAGCACACGCCACACCUGCCUCCCAGGGACGAGGCCAAGGCUUCCUCCGUGAGUUUUCUCUUUUCAGCCACGAACAGGAUCUACUCCAAAUGCGGGCAGGAGGUUCCCGAAUCUAGCUGGAGGAUGUUCAUGAGGCUCGCGGGACUGGAGGAGAACCACCUUGUCAUCUGUGAGCACGAGGACCCGGGGACCCUGACAGAGCAGCACCACAGGACGCUGCCACGCUGGCAGAGCGAGCUGGGGCGCGCCGUGUCCCCCUGCGGGCUCGUGGCGGUCCUCCGUGAGAUGCGGCUGCGGGAGCGUCUGGAGAAUGUUACCAGCGAGCUGGUGCUGAAG